GCGAAGAGGGACAUCCUAACGUCAGCCACAAGUUUGGUGUAAGAUUCACAUAGUCGUCAUAUCAUAUUAACCGACAAUUCAGACACCGAGUAGUUGUAUUUUUGCUAGGCGCUAAAGUUAUUUUAUUACAGCAGACUAUGAUCUGACAAUGCACCCGGUUGUAUGAGAAUGUGUUUUAAAGCAGCGUGCACACGCAAAUGUUGUUAACUAUAUCUGCCGCACUCACUCUCCCCCUUUCCUAACCAAGUGCUCAUAUUCGAGCUGAGCGAGCAAUUUCAAUCUAGCCGCCAGUGAAGACUCGCGGGACGUCGGAUUCCUGUGAACACAAGGAUGCGGUGCCGCAAGUUUUUUGGACCGUGUUCGAUUGGGAUCUAUCUAUGGAUGGCGGUCCUUUUCAAAGGGUCCCUACAGGGGGAGCACCAGCGCAGACUGUACAAGGAGCUGAUGGCCAACUACAACCGCCUGGAGAGACCAGUGAUCAACGACUCCUCUCCUCUUCUGGUGGAGCUGGGAAUGACACUGCUGCAGAUCAUAGAUGUGGAUGAGAAGAACCAGGUGCUGAUGACCAACGCAUGGCUACAGCUGUACUGGACUGAUGUGUACCUGAGCUGGAAUCCAGAGAACUACCCCGGGGUUCAGAACCUACGUUUCCCCUCCAGCCAGAUCUGGACCCCUGACAUCCUCCUCUACAACAGUGCUGAUGAGAGAUUUGAUGCCACCUUCCACACCAACGUGCUGGUGAAUGCGUCAGGUUACUGCCAGUACAUCCCCCCGGGCAUACUGAAGAGUACCUGCUAUAUCGACGUGCGCUGGUUCCCCUUCGACGUCCAGAAGUGUGACCUAAAGUUUGGCUCGUGGACCCACAACGGCUGGCUGCUGGACCUGCAGAUGCUGGACGUGGACACGUCUACCUACAUACCCAAUGGAGAGUGGGACCUCGUGGGAGUCCCUGCCAAGCGUAAUGAGCUGUACUAUGACUGCUGUAAGGAGCCCUACCCUGACGUCACCUUCACCGUCACCAUGCGAAGACGAACCCUCUACUACGGUCUCAACCUGCUCAUCCCCUGUGUCCUCAUCUCUGGCCUGGCCCUGCUGGUCUUUCUGCUGCCCGCCGACUCCGGAGAGAAGAUCUCCCUGGGUAUCACGGUCUUGCUCUCUCUAACAGUCUUCAUGCUACUGGUUGCUGAGAUCAUGCCCGCCACCUCAGACUCUGUGCCUCUCAUCGCUCAGUACUUUGCCAGUACAAUGAUGAUAGUGGGUCUGUCUGUGGUGGUGACUGUUCUGGUCCUGCAGUUCCAUCACCACGACCCUCAGGGCGGCAAGAUGCCCAGAUGGGUCAGGGUAGUGCUGUUGAACUGGUGUGCCUGGUUUCUGCGAAUGAAACAGCCAGGUGAGGAGCGCAAACCCGCUGGCUACCAGUACCGCCAUCCUCCCCAGCAACAUUCCAGCGCCAGCUCCAUCGAGAUGGGACCUAUGGGCACCGUGACGGGCAUCACCCCGCCCCUCUCCCAGGCCCCCUGCCCCACUGGCACUUCCAAUGGCAGCAUGAGCCUCUACUUCAGCUACAAUGCUGUGGAGAGCCCCCGCUGUCUCCCCUCCAGCGACUCAGGCGUGGCGUCGGGGGGACUGGCCCAAGGGACCCCCUGCGAGGAGGCUGAGCCCCCAGGGGGAGGUGCUGGAAGAGGGAGAGGAGGUGGUGGAGGAGGAGGGGGGUUGAUCUUUACUCCUCCGGAAGUCUUUCAGAUCCUGGAGGAGGUGUCGUAUAUCGCCCAGCGCUUCAGGGACCAGGAUGAGGAAGUUGCGAUCUGCAGCGAGUGGAAGUUUGCUGCUGCCGUGGUGGACAGGCUGUGUCUGGUGGCCUUCACUCUGUUCUCCAUCAUCGGCACCUUCACCAUCCUCAUGUCUGCUCCCAACUUCUUGGAGGCCGUCACCAAGGACUAUCUAAAGAAGUAGUGUCAAUGUAUUAAACCGUAUAGGCCAGUUUCCCCAGACACAGAUUAAGCCUAGGCCUGGACUAAGAACCACUUUCAAUGGAGAAUCUCCAUUCAGCAUGCUUUGUAGUACAGGACUAGGCCAAUGCUGUGUACGGGAAACAAGCCUUACAUGUUCUAUCCAGAUUAUUCUGGAGUAUAUUUGAGAAAAUUGAUUUUAAUGUAAAUAGAUGUACACUGAACAUGUAUCAAUGCAAGGGUUCUCCAUAGUCCCUCUCCUCUGCUUAGAUCCAGCUUAACUGAGGUUGUUCCUGUUUGUUGCCUUGCCAUCCAGAUAUCUCAUUAUAAUAUCAACUCGACCUUUGAACUUUGGAUUCCUGGGCAUGCAUUCUACGACCUUUAGAACUUUACUGGACAUUCUGGACUUUGUGACAUUAUGUAGCAUUGUUAAAGUAACUGUGUAAAUACAGAGAUGUUUCACUGUGGCUAUGACCUUAUCGUAUUCGAACCAUUUACUUUCACUAUAUUAUAAGUUUGCUUACUGUACGUACACGCCGUUUACUUUUUGCUUGUCGAUUCUAAAUAGCAGCUAACUUUGUCACGGGUGUAGAAGUAGUUGGGUGUUCUCUAGGUCCGCAAAUGACGUCAUUAACUCUGACAUUGACUGUGCCACUCUGUGAUAACAUUGAAUGAUUUGUGACGUCAUGAUGUAAGACUCACAUGUACAUUAGAAGAGGACUCAACCUGCAACAGCCUUCAACAACCUGCAAAAACCUGCAACAACAGGAGCUAUGGAAACAAACCACUGGACAAAGACAUGACCAUGCGACUAUCAGUGGAACCUGAACUACUGCACCAGCUGCUAGGCGGAAGAAACUCCUGCUGAGAUGGAGGCUGUCCUAAUAUAAAAGGGUGGCAGGAAGUCCAGGUUUAGAGUGUUGGGCCAGUAACCGAAAGGUUGCUGGUUCGAAUCCCAGAGCUGACUAGGUGAAACAUCUGUCGAUGUUCCCUCUGGACAAGAGCGUCUGUUAAAUGACUAAAAUGUAGUAUUGACACCGUAAUGCCCCCAUACAUCAGAUAGAUACACGUAGUAUUAGUAAUUGCAAUCACUUGAUAUGUGUUGUAUAUAGGGGAAUGGAUAUAGUGGUGUACAUUAACAUGGAGGAUGUCUGUCUCGUGAUGACUUCAUAGAGGUUACUAUGACUAAAGAUCACAGGGGCUGACUCUUCCUGUUUUUAUUGAUUGAAACAAACGAAGAUGUCAUGUUUUGUUUUAAUGUGGUAUUAUUAUCCAUAAAGACCAUGGUAUAUGAGUGCUCUCAGGGCAGAUAGUUAAGUUCAAUGACUAAUCGACUGCCUGUCAUGUCAGUGAGGGAGUCCGUGCAUCUAUCUUUUUCUAUUAAUAACCAUUGUUACUGUGUACUGAACAUAUUCCCCCCACCCCACAGUCAGUCUUCCUCUGUUGUAUCGGUUGUCACACUGCUGUCCUUCUCUUCCUGUGAUUUCGUUGCACUUCCCUAAUAAACCUCCCAUGUAGCCUA